AUGGACGUCCUUUCAUCAGAUCCAAUAAUGGACUUGUUGACUACAUAUAACGAGCUCAACUCAUCCACAAUAACUAUUUUGGAUGAGGCACCUUCAGCCCUCGAAUUUAUGCGUUUCGUUGCCUUGAACCGGCCAUUCAUAGUACAAGGCUUCGCUUCGGAUUGGAAAGCAACAUCUACUUGGUCACUAUCUUAUCUCAGGUCCACACUCUCGUCACAUGAAGUGAACGUAGCAGUGACCCCCCAUGGAAAUGCCGACUCUCCUACCCUCAACGAUGAGGGGGAUUUGGUUUUUGUGAAGCCUUGGGAAGAACCUCAAUCUUUUGCGGAAUUCGUCGACUUUGUCUCGCAGCAAGAAUCGCACGAGAGAAACAAGGAAGAAGUGAGAUAUGCUCAAACACAGAAUGACAACCUACGUAAUGAAUACUCUUCAUUGUUCUCUGAUGUCGAACAGGACAUAUCCUUCGCCAGGAUAGCACUCCAACAAGAUCCCGAUGCCAUUAAUCUCUGGAUAGGAAAUUCGCACUCCAUCACCUCUCUCCACAAAGACCCGUACCAAAACAUUUACGUCCAGAUUCUCGGACAAAAACAUUUCACUCUACUCCCGCCUCUCUGUCACCCCUGCAUCAAUGAAGUGCCUCUUCCCUCCACCUCCUACGUCCGUUCUACGUCCGACCCCGCCACCCUCACCAUCAAAUCAGAUUCACCCUCAGUAGAAGUGCCCGUCGCGACCUGGGAUCCAGAUGUACCAUCCAGAAACCCUACCAAAUACUCGCAUCUAGCUCAGCCAAUGCAUGUGACUUUGGAGAAGGGAGAUAUGCUGUACUUACCAGCAUUGUGGUAUCACAAAGUAGCACAAAGUUGUGGCGAGGAUGGCAUUUGUGUUGCUGCUAACUACUGGUACGACAUGGAUUUCGGGGGAAGCUUUUGGCCUUUGUGUAAUUUCGUUCGAAGUGUCAGUUUGCAAGACGAAGCGAAAAAGGAAAGUACAGCAAAGCUUGAUUAGAGAUAGCUUCAAAUUUUUAUCAAAGUUCGGGUAUGCAUGCAAAGAAAGUGGUGCGUAAGAAGAACGAGUGUUGA